GUUAUGUUGGAGGAUCUAGUCAUUCUCAAAAGGGUGGUGGUUCUAAUUACGUAUGUUUGACACGUAAUCCCAUCUAUGCAAAAUAUCAAUCUGGUUUUCAAGACGAGCGUUCACGAAUCUUUGGCGCUGAAUAUCAAACUUUCUCUUUUGGCAUAUAUUCCAGCAGUCUGCACGACCACGAUGUUCCUUGUGCAGUGUGUCAUGUGACCAAACGUGCUUCACAAAUGAUGGUACCAGGUCGUAACGUGUGUCCCGCGGGAUGGACACGCGAAUACAAAGGAUACUUGAUGGCGGAGAAACACGAUACCCAUCGUUCAAUGUAUACAUGCGUGGAUGAAGCUCCUGAUUACACGCGAGGAACACACGCUAAUCGCGACGGCACUUUGUUCCUUUUUGUUGAAGGAAAAUGUGGCUCACUUCCCUGCAAGCCUUAUAUCUCUGGGCGUGAGUUGACAUGCGCA